UCAAGCAGAUGAUAACAGCUCAGGGACUUGAUGAGGAGACUGAGCUCCCCCUCACCGCCCCAGCGGCGGCUGCUCUACUUGCAAGCCUGGUGUAAGUGGCUGCCGUCUCUAUUAAAGAUGUCCCUGUCUACAGUACAGCUGCUCUGGAGGCUGGUGAGGCACGCGUUGUUCUGCCACACGGUUUUCUGGGAGCUCACGUUCCAUCUCCUGCGUGAGGUCAGCGCAGCCCUGGGAUCCUGGCUGGAGAGCUGCAGCGAAGCUUGCGAGGAGGGUGGCACUCACACGCCGGAUCCUGAGCUGCAGCAGGCAGGGGCAGGCCCUGGGGAACUGCAUCAUGCCAACCCUGUGGUCCUGGACAGACUUGUGGGGCUGGAGGCGGAGGUGAAGUACGUCAGCACUGAGCUGCGUGCAGAGAAGUUACUGUGGAGCAGCAGGUACCUGGAGCUGCUGAGGGAGCAGCAGGCACUCCGUGACUGGUUCCAGGAGUGGGGCCGGAGCCGGAAGCUGGAGGCCAAAGACAGCCUGGAGAUGCAGAGCAAUGCCGAGGCUCCCAGCAGGGCUGGAAGUGAUGGGUGGUGCAUGGGAGACAGCAGCUGGGACCGCCAGAGCCCAUCAGGUGGGGCCCUGCGCCUCGGGCAAAGGGCUAAGGUCCUGCUGCAGGCAGGGGGGAUCGGCGUGGGCACCAUCCGGUACCUGGGGGUCUUCCCCGAGCAGAACGAGUUCUCUGUGGGAGUGGAGCUGGAAGCCCCGGAGCAGGGGGCACCUGAUGGCGCCCUGGUGGGACACUGCUGCUUCCCCUGCCAACCCGGCCGUGGAGUGUUCGUGCCCUUCCGCAAAGUGCUGAUGGUCUGGGACUAG